AUGUCUCGGUUCCUGGAUUUGGCGGAGUUUGGAGAAGCUGCUCUCUACCUUCGUCUCACCAACUUAGAGCAUCUGGCUGCUAAAGCCCAAGCUUAUGAUGGUACGAAGCGUAGUUGGCUGCCUGAUGAUGUGGAAGCGUACGUGGAGGUGGAGAUCAAAGAGCUGAAUGGAGACAAAUCCACUGUGGAGACAAAGGACGGACGGUUUCUGGUGGUAAAAGAAGACGCCCUCCAGCCAACGAACCCUCCGAAGUUUGACAUGAUGGAGGACAUGGCCAUGUUGACUCACCUGAACGAAGCGUCUGUGCUGUUCAACAUGAGGAGGAGAUACAGCAUGUGGAUGGUCUACACGUACUCCGGUCUGUUCUGUGUGGCGGUCAAUCCGUACAAAUGGCUGCCAGUCUACUCCACUCAGGUGAUCGCAGCGUAUAAAGGGAGGCGUCGUCUUGAAACACCGCCACACAUCUACGCCGUCGCUGACAACGCCUACACCGACCUGCUGAAGAAUCGUGAGAACCAGUCGAUGUUGAUCACUGGUGAAUCAGGCGCAGGGAAAACAGUCAACACCAAGAGGGUGAUUCAGUACUUUGCCAUCGUUGCUGCUCUGGGAGAAAAUCUGAAAAAAGGAGGGUCUUUAGAGGACCAGAUCAUUGAAGCUAAUCCCGCCAUGGAGUCGUUCGGUAACGCCAAAACCAUCCGCAACGACAACUCCUCUCGCUUUGGAAAGUUCAUCAGAAUUCAUUUUGGACCGACGGGAAAGCUGGCAUCUGCUGACAUCAACAUCUAUCUUCUGGAAAAGUCCAGAGUUGUGUUCCAGCAGUCAGAAGAGAGAAGCUACCACAUCUACUACCAGAUCCUGUCCAAUCGGAAACCAGAACUAAUAGACAUGCUGCUGGUGACCACGAACGCCCACGAUUACCACUUCUGCUCCCAGGGUGUGACCACAGUAGAAGGCAUUGACGAUGGAGAGGAGCUGAAACUCACUGAUCACGCCAUGGACACGCUGGGUUUCACUCCGGAGGAGAAGUACGGCUGCUAUAAGACCGUUGGAGCCAUCAUGCACUUUGGAAACAUGAAGUUCAAGAAGAGGCCGAGAGAGGAGCAGGCCGAUGCCGACGGCACCGAGAGUGUGGAUAAAGCAGCCUAUCUGAUGGGCAUCAGCUCUGCGGAGCUGCUGAAAGGCCUGCUGAACCCCCGCGUCAAAGUUGGACACGAGUACAUCGUUAAAGGGCAGACUGUAGAACAGGUCUACUAUGCAGUGGCAGCCCUAGCCAAAGCCACCUAUGACCGUAUGUUUAAGUGGUUGGUGGGGCGCAUUAACAUGUCCUUAUACACCGCUCUGCCUCGCCAGUACUUCAUCGGAGUUCUCGACAUCGCCGGCUUUGAGAUCUUUGAGUUCAAUAACUUUGAGCAGCUGUGUAUCAACUACACCAACGAGAAGCUGCAGCAGUAUUUCAACCACCACAUGUUCAUCAUGGAGCAGGAGGAGUACAAGAUGGAGGGCAUCGAGUGGACCUGA